UGAAGUGGAGCGUUCUUCCUUCGCAGUAUAAACCCUAGACAUUUCCUCUCUUCACGAUUCCACUGCAGAUACCAGUUUUUGCCUCCCGAAAUCGUUUCAAAUCCGAAUCGCUCCGGAGAAUUUGAAAUCGCCGGUAAAACUGUCUGCUUCUGCAGGUUGUUACUCACCGAUCGUUGAAAAUGUCGAUGUCGAAGAGCUCCAAGAUGCUUCAGUUCAUCAAUUACCGGAUGCGGGUGACGAUCCAGGACGGUCGGCAACUGGUUGGGAAGUUUAUGGCGUUCGACCGCCACAUGAACCUCGUACUCGGAGACUGCGAGGAGUUCCGGAAGCUUCCUCCGGGGAAGGGGAAGAAGAUCAACGAGGAGAGAGAGGAACGUCGAACACUCGGUUUGGUGUUGCUCAGAGGUGAAGAAGUUAUCUCAAUGACCGUCGAGGGUCCUCCUCCGCCGGAGGAAUCUCGUGCCAAGUCUGCUUCUGCGGCGGCGGCAGCUGGUCCCGGAAUCGGCCGUGCCGCCGGUCGUGGAGUACCCACCGGUCCGCUUGUUCAGGCUCAGCCUGGACUUGCAGGUCCUGUUCGUGGAGUAGGUGGACCAGCUCCGGGUAUGAUGCAACCCCAGAUUUCCCGACCUCCGCAGCUUUCAGCACCGCCGGUGAUUCGGCCUCCGGGACAGAUGCCGCCACCACCGCCGGCAUUUGCUGGCCAAGCUCCGCCACCUAUGAUGCGAGGCCCUCCGCCUCAAGGUCCUCCGGCGUACGGAAUGAGGCCGCCGCCGCAGCAGUUCCCUGGGCCACCACCGCAAUUUGGGCAGAGACCCAUGGUUCCUCCUCCAGGUCCGAUGAUGAGAGGACCUCCGGGUCCGCCGCAGAGGCCCGGAAUGCCGGGGCCUCCUCCGCCUCGUCCUGGCAUGCCUCCACCGCCUGGUGGUGUUCCUGUAUUUGCUCCUCCGCGUCCUGGCAUGCCACCUCCACCGAAUCCCCAUAAUCAGCAGCAGUGACUAGGUUAGCAAUGCCACCGUUUUCGUUUUCUGUUUGGGCUGUUUCAUGGGUUUGUGAAGGCAUAGUUGUUCGGGUGAACUCAUCAGAUUCUAGUGUGUAGCUAUUACCUUGAUAACUUAGCUGCGAUCUCCAAGUCUGCCGAUUUGAUAUCUUAGCUUGGAAAGUUCAUAGCUUGUUGAUGGGUUUCUUGUUAUCUUUAAAGUGAUCCCUUGAACGU